AUGGACCCCACAAAUCCCGCAAGCUUCAACCACCGCACCGAGCUCCUCUCCACCGGGCGCACCUACCAUUUCGUGGACCAGCUCCCGGCCAACUAUGACCCAGCCUCGACCAUCACCCUGCUCUGUCUCCAUGGUUUCCCUGACCUCUGGUAUGGAUGGCGCUACCUGAUCAAGCCUUGGGUUAAGGCAGGCUAUCGUGUCGUUGCGCCCGAUCAACUCGGCUAUGGAGGCUCGGACAAGCCAGAGCACGAGUCGGAGUAUACGCCCAAGAAGAUCGCGAACGACCAUGCUGCCCUCCUCGACCUGCUCUGUAUCCCCAAGGCAGUCGUGAUUGGCCACGAUUGGGGAAGCGUCAUGGCAUCGCGCCUGGCGCUCUGGCAUCCAAAUAGGUUGCUGGCACUGGUAAUAAUGUCGGUGCCAUUCAUUCCUCCGUCGAGACAGUACGUGUCUCUGGAUCAGACUGUGGAGAAAUACCCCAAUUGGGGCUAUCAUCUCAUGUUCCGAGAGCGGAGUACCAACGGCUUGGUGGAAGGAAGGCUCUCUCAAUUCUUCAAGCUGCUCUUUCGCAGCAAGAACGGCGACAGCAAACUAAAGGGCUGGACACUGCCUGGCGGCCUCCCUGACGUGCUGGCGACCUAUGACUUUGGCGAAGACACUGGUUUCCUGACGCAGCAGGAACACAACUACUACCUCUCGCAGUAUGAAAGGAGCAUGAACGGUCCCUUCAACUAUUAUCGCACGUGGAGGCUGCGUUGGCAGGAAGAGCUAGAUGAAGCGAUGCUUCGAGUUCCCCCACCAGACCUCCCGAUCUUGUUGAUCAUCGGCGCAUCGGACCCUACGUCGAACCAAGCGAUUAUAGGGUUCAACAAGCAACUGAUGCCCCACAUGCAGGUCGAACUCAUCGAGCGCGUGGGGCACUGGGUUAUGGUGCAGAGCAAGGACUUCAUCGCAGCGGCGAUUCCUCGGUUUUUGUCUGCCUCGAAACUCCGAGACCUAUCGACGAAGUUGUGA